UAUUUACUUGAUUUGGCGCUCUUGGCUGUGUGUGAUCACCAAACACGUGUAUAUUUGCAUCAAUGAUUCGAAUUGUUCAUCGUUAACUUUUUGUUAUUUUUAAAGAUUUCAUCUAAAUUUAUAUUUUAAUCGAACGUUUAAUGUUUCUUACUUUACACAAUUAAAUACACUGUAUUCCGGAUUUUCCAUUGCGACCAACAACUGCAAUAAAAAAUUCUACUUAUCGAAUUUUACAACAUACUCUGGAUAUACGUUCAACAUGGUUGUAUUUACGUGUAACAAUUGUGGAGACUCUUUACAAAAGCCAAAAGUAGCAAAGCACUAUCAGUUUCAAUGCAGAAGCUCAGAGAAUUUGACCUGUGUUGAUUGCCAUAAGGAUUUUUAUGGACAAGAAUAUGUGUCUCAUACCAAGUGUAUAACAGAAUCUGAAAGAUAUGGAGGACAAGACUAUGUUCCCAAGCCUGGACAGAACAAGGGAGAAAGGAAGCAGCAGGAAUGGAUAAACAUUGUCAAGAAUGUCAUUGAAACAGCCAAAAAUUUGACCAUGGAAGAGCGGAACAUUUUAAACAUUUUGUCCAGACAUGAAAAUAUACCAAGAAAGAAAGCCAAGUUUCUGAAUUUUAUCCGUAGCGUCAUGGGUAAUAGGAUAAAUAUGCCUGUCAUUGAUGGUAUCUGGGCGAGGAUGGAAACAGCAUUCAAAGGUGCUGUCGAAGCUAAUAAACCCCAAGGACAAAGUACUAACGGUAUCAUCAAAGAAGAAAUAAAGGAAAAAUCAAAUGGUUUGAUUUCAGUUGGAAAUCAUGAGAAUAACAUAGCUGAAAACCAAAACAAUGAAAAUAUAUCAAGAGAAAAGGGACUUCCAACAGAGAACGGCACAGAAAUUCCAGAAGUUGUUGAAAAAAAGAAGAAAACCAAAAAACGAGAUUUGACAGAAACUGAGGUUACGCCAGUCGAGGAGCCACCAAAAAAGAAGCGUAAAAAGAAAUCCAGUGAAGAAGUAGUCGAAGGCACAACCGUUAUGUCGAUGGACCAAAAUGACAAUCAAGAAACUUUGAAGUUCGAUUGGAAAGCUGCAAUUCUAGAAAUCAUUGGCUCGAACCAAGAAAUUAGUUUGAAAAAAUUGCGAAAAAAAGUUUGCAAUCGCUAUGUUAAUCAUCGAGAUAAUUCUAUUACUUUUGAAAAGGCAGUUUCGAAAUUCGAAAAAAAACUUUCGAAAGUAACAGAAGUUAGUAUUAAUGACAAUAAAGUUAGGCUUCUGUAAAUAAAACGAAUAAAGUAUACCUCAUUUUAUUGAUUUUUUGUCAAUAA